UAGUUUUGCACAUAACUCAGCUAAACUCUCCAGCACCACUUCUUCUGUCUUCACUAUACUUACAAUGGCAUCUAAGGGUGGACGCGAUGAUGGUAUUAAGGUUUUCAAAAUUUCUUCAACAAGUAGUCUGAAAAUACAAAGAGGUGAUAUCACAAUGUGGUCUGUUAAUGGUACUUCGGAUGCCAUUGUAAAUACAGCUAAUGAAAAGAUGCUUGGAGGUGGGGGUCUUGAUGGAGUGAUACAUGGAGCUGCAGGACCUGAACUACGAGAAGCUUGUUAUACUGUUCCAGAGGUUAGUCUUGGAAUUCGCUGCCCAAAAGGAGAAGCUAGAAUUACUCCAGCAUUUCAGUUGCCCGUUUCGCAUGUUAUUCACACUGUUGGUCCUUUUUAUGAUAAUGAAAAUCACCCAGAAGUUGCUCUAAGAAAUGCAUACAGAAACUGCAUCAAGCUUGCAAAAGAGAGCAACAUAGAUUAUAUUGCUUUUCCUGCCAUAUCUUGUGGUACUUACCGUUAUCCAUUAGAAGAAGCUGCUACAAUUGCAAUUUCUACUGUAAUGGAAUCAGAUGGUGACUUCAAAGAGGUGCACUUUGUUCUGCUUGAAGAUGAUGUUUUCAAUGCUUGGUUGGAGAAGGCGAACGGAUUGCUUUAG